AUGCAUCCUAAAGUGUAUGAGGCUGCACAGUCUGGAGACUUUGAUUUGCUGAAGACAAUAAUUUCGGGAAAUGGAGAGAACCUUUUCCACCAAACAACACCAAAGGAGAACAACAUUCUUCACGUUGCGGCUCAAUAUAAGCAGGUAAAUUUCAUUGAAAACCUUCUCCAAUUUCCAUCAGGACCGUCCCUUCUUUGGCAGGGUAACUCCAAAGGAGAUACUCCCCUACAUAUUGUUGCCACACUGGGAAGCUGCGAAGCAGUUCGAGUUUUCACUGAUCUGGCAAAAUCAUUGCAUUGGGCUGUUGAAAACAGACAAAUUGACGCAUGCAAAGAGCUACUUAGAAAGCCAAAUUUGCAUAAGGAUACCGCAUUGCACUAUGCAGUAAGAGGAGGGCAUGAAUUGGUGGUGAAGUUGCUAAUUGAAGAAGAUCCUCAAUUAUGUGAUAUUACUAAUGCUGCCAAUGAGUCCCCGCUUUAUCUCGCAGCACAUCGAAGACGUUCAGAUAUCGUUGUGCUAAUUUUAAAUGCAUUCUCGUUGUCAUCUUGUCAUAAGGGCCCUAAGGGACUGACAGCUCUACAUGCUGCAGUGCUCUUCUCACUACCAAGUGGUUGGUGGAAAAUCCUGGAGAAGAGACCGGAAUUGAUCAGAGAAGGAGAUGAAAUGGGUUGGACUCCUCUUCAUUAUGUCGCUUCCCUAGGCAAAGUCGAAGCAGUUCGACUACUCUUGCAACACGAUACUUCUAUGGCAUACACUUUAGACAAAGAGGGGCAAUCGGCUCUUCACAUUGCAGCGUUUCUAGGCUACCGCCAUGUCAUUGACGAGAUUGUUAGAUCCUGUCCUGAUGCUUGGGACAUUAUAAACUUCAAAGGCCAAACGGCUCUUCAUGCUGCUGCAAUCGGUGGACGAGUAUUUGUAGUCAAUUACAUUCUCCGGAUGCCAGGCCUCCUACAUCUUCUCAACGAACAAGACACUAAUGGAAACACGGCUUUGCAUUUGACUGCGCUCCAUAAAAAAUACUUCACCAUUUACAGACUUGGACGAGACAAGAGGGUAGACCGUUUCGCCACAAACAAGGAUCAUAUGACUGCCCUUGACAUUUUUUUGGCUCAUGAGGAGGUCGGCUACAAAGCUGCAAAAGUCAAACAUGUGUUGAAAGGAUCUCUUGGAAUGCCGUUUUGUCAAGACAGGGCUAUGGAAUGUGUCAAGAAGAGGUUAGACGAGCAAAUUGUUGAGGGUCAACCAGCUGGGUUUAUAACCACAGGAAGUAUUACCGCCAAGACAGAAAAUUUCUAUUCAUCAAAAAGAAGCAUUAUUGACCUUCAACUACUAGUGGCAGUACUAAUAGCCACAGUGACCUUCGCCGCGGCCUUCACGAUGCCUGGAGGUUAUAACAACGACGGACCCAACCAAGGAAUGGCGACUCUUGCAGGCAGGGCAGCUUUCAAAGCCUUUGUCAUAUCUAAUACUACUGCAUUCAGUUUCUCCAUCCUGGCCUUGUUCUUACAAUAUGACACUAUGCACGUGAACAAUCGCCAACAGGCGAGAUAUGCCAACAGGGCGGGGGAUUGCAUUUACGUUGCGAUACUUGGGAUGGUGCUAGCCUUUGCUUGCGGUACAUAUGUGGUAUUGACAAGUACCAGGAUUGGACUCUUUCCUUUCGUAAUGUCUGGAUGUCUCAUCAUUAUAUACUCAAUUGGUGCUUUCCUUGACCCCGAGGCUCGCUUCAUACCGCAAUGGAACCGUCCAAGGAGUUACUUCCGAAACUUAUUGUUUGAUUAUGCGAUAUACAAGGAAAGCUGCUAA